AUGCCGAAGAUUCAUAGCAUAGCAAUUCGAGGAAUUCGUUGUUUUAGUCCUUCACGAUGUAAUGAAGUGAAUUUAGACCAGCCUCUUACUCUAAUAGUUGGUGCUAAUGGUUCUGGGAAGACAACCAUAAUAGAGGCUUUGAGAUAUGCCACCACUGGUUUUUGUCCACCAGGCACUUCAAAGGGGAAGACUUUUGUAAUGGACCCUACGAUAUAUGAAGAAAAUGAAGUUAAAGCUCAAAUCAAACUUGAGUUCACGGGUAUAGAAGGACAGGAAAUUGUUGCUACCAGAUCUAUGUCCAUGAAACUGAAAAAGACAACAACAGUAUUUCAAACGCUUGAAUCUUUGCUGGAAAUAAUGGAUAAUGUAUCAUCGACUAAGAUAAGCCUUACGGGUCGCUGUGCAGAAUUAGAUUCGGUAGUACCUAUACACCUCGGUGUUUCUCCUGCUGUCCUUGAUUUUGUUAUAUUUUGUCAUCAAGAUGAAUCUCUAUGGCCAUUAUCUGAACCGUCGAUAUUGAAAAAGAAAUUCGAUGAAAUUUUUGAAUCUGGUAAACUUUCUAAUAUUAUAACGGACAUUAAAAAGGACAGGAAAACACUGGCUGCAGCAUUUAAGGAAUGCAAACUAGUUUUCGACCACUUGAUGAAAGAACGUGAAAGGGCCGAGAAAAUACAGAGAAGAAUUAAUCAAAAUAAAAUAAAGGUUGAAGAACUUUCUCGAAAAAGAGAUACUUACGAACUUCAAUUAAAUAAUGUUUCUCAAGAAAUUGGAGAAUUAUUAGCAACUAUUAAACGAUUAAAUCAAACAGAAGCGGAGCUAAAUAUAAUGAUUAAUGAAAAGAAACAAAAGGAGAAAGCUCUGGAGAGUUUAAAAAAUAGAAUGAUUGAAUCUCAUGAAUCUGAUGAAGUAUUAGACAAACUCAUAGAUAAAUUCGAUAGUAAUCUAAGAGAUCAGCAAGCAAACAUCGAAGAUUGGAAACAACAAAUAGAAAAGCUCGAGUUUAAUAUUAAAGACUUACAAUCUUCUCUGACCAAAUUAUCUUCCAAGCAAAUGCACCUACAAGUCGAAUACUCGGCCCAUGAAAGACGACUUGCUGACCGAAAUGAUUUAAUGCAAAAGAUCAGUCGUGAUUGUCAAUUUUCUAACAUGCUAUCUGCAAUUUCCGCUGAAGAGAGUAUGCAAAAUUUAAAAUCUUUGCUUCAAUCUUCAAUCGAGGAAAAGAAGAAUAAAUUGGAAGAUGAAAGAAAACGAUUGCAAAAUGAAGAACAUUUUUUAACUGAUAGAUUAAGUGAUUUUAAAACAAGGGUCAGCUCUUUGAAGCAAACUAGGGAUUAUACUACAAGAUCAAAAGAGUCUAAUAAAUCCAAAAAAUUUCGGCUCGAAUCAGAGAUUGAAAAGAUUUGUCAAGUAUCUGAUUCUGAUUUGAAAUUUAUCGAUGCUUCAUUAGAAACGGUUAAAUCAGAACUCAAAAAAUUUGAACAAGAUGAUUUAAUUAAUGAAAUUUCUAAGAAAAUCGAUUCAAAGCAAUCUGAAUAUAAUGAGAUAGAUCUAAAGCUCUCCCGUCUUCAAGAAUUGUCGACUAAUCAAGCUAAAUUGGAAUAUAGGCGAUCAGAGAAACGUAAAAUAACAUUAAUGCUUCAGUCUACAUGGGAACCGUUGACUUUUAAACUCUCGGAAUUGCUGAAUAAAGAUCCUAAUCUGGAAUCACUUGAAAAGGAAUGGGAUGAUCGAAUGAAUUUGUGUAAAAAUGAAAACAAAGGACUAGAACAACAAAGAGAUUUAGUCGACUUAAAUUGCUCUAGAAUUCAAGCAAAAAUUGAAAUGAUGAAAUCGAGUAUAGAAACAAAAAGCCGAGAUUUGCAAAUCCAUUUACAGAAAGUAGGAGAAGUUUGUGGUGAAGAAGAAUAUUUAACAUCUUUAAAAGAAGCCGAAGAUCAGUUGGAACAUAAACAAAAUGAAAUGAAUUUAUUUUAUGGCACCUCAAAUAUAUAUGAGCACUAUGCGAAUUGGGCAGAGAAGGAAAAAAAUUGUCCAUUAUGUCAUCAUUCAUUCACAGGUAUAGAUAGCUUAAAUGAUUUCAUUAAAAGGCUAAGGAAUUUUGUAACAAAUCUUCCUGAAGAACAAUUAAACCAAGAACGAAAUUUAGAAACUAUUAAAACAAGGUGUCAACGUCUUCGUGGACUGCAGCAAGAUUUUAUUGCUAUCAGACGGUUAAAGUCUGAAAUAUCUGACCUGAAUCAGAUGAUUGAAAAACAAGCACAGGAAUAUAGUGAGUACAAGAUUCAACUGGAUGAAAUUGAUGCCAAGUUAGCUUUAUCUCAAGAAAACAUGUUCAAUUUUUUGGAACUGGACAAAGAAGUACAAGAUGCCAUUAAGCUGAAAGCUAAUUUAAGUAGUCUUGAUAAAGAAAUUAAUAAUCUUGAGCCUUAUAUGAGAGCUUCGAACGAUUCUAAAAACAAAAAAGAUGAAUGGCGAGAGAAAGCUAUAGUGCUGAGGAAGGACAUUAAAGAACUGAACGAGAUUCGUGAUAGCCGAAAUCGAGAAGAAAAAAAUUUGCGGGAACGUUUGCAUAAAUUGGAAAUGGAUAAAUACAAAAAACAAAAUGAUUUUGAUAAUCGCAGUCAAAUUCAGGAGCAAAUUGAUGAAUUAAAUAAAAACAUGAUCCUUCAAGAACGUGAACUAUCACCAUUAUUCGAUCAAAUCACGAAUUUAGAUAAUGAAAUUAGAGAUAUGGCGGCUGAAUUACAAGAAUUUCGUACGCGUAAAUCUGAAUCGGAAGAUGCGAUUAUGACAGAUCUCAAUAAAUUACAGACAUUCCACGAGAAUUUUACUAAAAUUGAACGAGAAAUCAUUGAAUAUGUUCAUAGUGGUAAACGAGAAGGAUUGGAUGAAUGCACGGAACAAAUUAAAAGAAUACAGCAAAGUACCACAGAAAAAACGAAUAAUUCUAACGAGUUGAAAGCAAAAUUACACCAGUUGGAUUUGAACAUUGGACAAACGCGUCAAGCAAAGAGAGACUUACAAGAUAACCGCGAUUAUAGAAAUCUGAAAGUUGAAAUCGAAAACCUUCAAAUAAAAAUAGAAGAUCUUCGUCAGCAGCUGGAAAGUCAAGGUUCAACCAAUUACGUUAAAAGGGAAGAUUUUUUACAAGCUGAACGAACUAGAAUCUCUUCUGAAAUUUCAAGUAUUACAGGGAAUAUGGAACAGAUAAGGGUUACAAUUAAUAUUGAUCGCGAUGAUCUUGAAACGCAAUAUAAGAAUAUUAAAGAAAAGUUCAAAGACCAAUGGGCAUUAAAGCAUGGAGAUCAAGAGGCAAUAGCUGAGAUCGAUAGGUUAAUAAGUGAAUUAGAUAACAUAUUAAUGAAUUACCAUACGAGGAAAAUGCAGGAAAUCAACUCUAAGAUUGACGAAUUAUGGGGGGAGGCUUAUAAUGGGGAUGAUAUCGAAAAAAUCGAGAUUCGUUCUGAGCAGGAGAAUGCACAAUAUAAUAGAUCAUAUAAUUACAGGGUUGUUAUGCAGAAAAAUAGCAAAAUACUUGACAUGCGUGGAAGAUGCAGCGCUGGUCAAAGGAUGUUAGCUUCAAUUAUUAUUCGAAUGGCUCUAGCAGAAUGUUUUAGCAAGGGUUUCGGCAUGUUUGUUCUUGACGAGCCAACUACUAAUUUGGAUGAGAACCAUAUUAAUAAAUUGGCCACUAGUUUAAGAUGUAUUGUGGAAAACCGUCGUAAUGAAUCAAACUUUCAGUUAGUUGUCAUCACUCAUGAUGAUAAAUUCGCGGAAAAGCUAGGCUUGAGAGAAUUGUCAAAUUUUAAAUAUCGCGUGGAGAAAAUUGAGAAUGGGCUCUCCACGAUUGUUAAAUUGGAUCACAAUAAUAAUCGUCUUUAA